AUGCAACCUCUUUCUUUCAUUGUUGUUCUUUUCCUCGUCCAAAAUAAUGACAGCUUGGGUGGUUCCAGAUUCGGCACCUCUUUCACUGACGAAACCCGGAGACUUCCGUGUCCUAUCGAAGGCGAUGCAUCAAAUGGCUUGGCUGUCGAAACCUUGGAGGAGUUGGAAUGGUGCCUGGAGCGUCUGGAAAGCAUUCAAACCCACCGGUCUGUCAGUGACAUGGCUUCCAGCAAGGCAAGGUGUUUUAAAACCAAUUUUCGCCUCAUAGCCUUCUCUCUCUAUUUUCAGUUUAAGAAAAUGCUAAACAAGGAACUGAGUCAGGUGUACGACGGUGACAGGAUUAACUCGCAGAUCUCGGAGUACAUUUGUUCCACGUUCUUGGAUCAGGACGAGCAGACUGCGGACAGCCAGCAGCCAGCUGGCAGCGGAAUCUUUGUCGAAGUCGACCCCCUGGCGUCUGCCUCAGGUGUUGCCAGUGACGGCGCCAGUGCUGCAGAGCAGACCACUAUUACGGCGGCCACUGGAGCGGACUUUCGCAAGCUGCAGCAGCAAAACCAGAACCAACCAGGCUCAUCUGUGAUAAUCCGAGUCGACAGGAACACUGCCGAGGAGAUAGCCGCCGCCGCAGCUUCUGCCGCGAGUAAACGUCCCAGCGGAGUAUCGCUAGGAGCUAGUCGAUCUCCCGGUCGCUUUUCCGACCACUCCUGCCCCUCAAUACCGAGCAUCUUGGGCGUCAAUGGAAGUGUCACUGGCAUCGGCGUCGACCCCUCAAAGGUAUUCCAACUCGGUGCAGGGCAUCGUCUGGACGACUCCGCUGAAAUUCCUCCCUACGGCAUCAUUCCUGAGCACCCAAAGGAAGCAUCUGAGCUAAUCGAAUGCGGUCUCGAUCAGUGGGGAAUGGACAUUUUCAAGCUCGCCGAAUUGACGAUCAGCCCCCUAACCUGCGUCACCUACACCAUCCUCAAGCGACGCGGACUUAUUAACAAGUUCAAAAUCCCCCACUGGAAUCUCGUGCGUUACUUGAGGUCAGUGGAAGCCCAUUACAACACCUACACACCCUAUCACAACAAAAUCCACGCGGCCGACGUUGUCCAGUCUGUCCACGUUCUUCUUCAAGCACCUGCGCUUGACUCUGUGUUUACAGACCUGGAGUUGGCUGCAGUGAUAAUUGCCUGCGCUGUUCACGACGUUAACCAUCCCGGUGUAACCAAUCAGUACUUAGUCAACACAAAUGACGCGUUGGCGAUUCUCUACAACGACUCAUCUGUCCUCGAAAAUUACCAUCUAGCGGUGGCCUUCAAUUUACUCACGUUCCCCGGCUGCGACAUACUCGUAAACCUCACGCGCAAGCAAAGACUUGCUUUUCGACGAAUGGUUAUCGACAUGGUUCUCUCCACCGACAUGUCUAAACACAUGUCCCUCCUUGCCGAUCUGAAGACCAUGGUUGAGACUAAGAAGGUGGCGGGAUCAGGAAUUCUAAAUCUUGACAAUUACACUGAUCGGAUGCAGAUAUUGCAGAAUAUGGUGCAUUGUGCAGACCUGUCCAACACGGCUAAGCCACUGGAGCUCUACACCAAGUGGACGCACCGCUUAAUGGACGAGUUUUUCCUCCAAGGUGACAGAGAGCGAGCCGCCGGCUUGGACAUCAGCCCGAUGUGCGAUCGUGAGACCGCCACCGUCGAAAAUUCCCAGGUAAAGCCGCUUCGCCAGACGUGCUGGUGUCAACCCAAGCCAGCGUGUUUUCACGGGGUUGGAACUUUUCGCAUUGGUUCGGCACUCCUGGCCAGUGUAACGUCCGUCCGUUUUGCACUGCAGGUCAGCUUCAUCGAUUUUAUUUCCCACCCCCUGUGGGAAACGUGGUCAGACUUGGUCCAUCCUGCAGCCCAGGGCAUUCUUGAGAUGCUGGAAUACAACCGCAAUUGGUACUUUAAUCUCAGCCACUCAGACGAUCACCACCACCAUCACCAGCAGCAGCCAAAGGAGGACCCACAGACCAGCGUUGAAAAGCCAACCUGA